AAUGUUCUCCAAAAUCGUAGCUCUUUGCGCGUUCGUGGCGGUUUCCCAGGCUGGUCUCUUGCCUGAGCCCCACUACUCCCACGCCGAAGCCGUCUCAUCCCAAAGCAUCGUGCGUCACGAUGAACAGCCCCAUCACUCCGCCAAGUUGAUUGCCGCUCCCGUCGCCAAGCUGGCUGUCGCCGCCCCCGUCGCCUACCACGCCGCCCCCGCUGCCGUUGUCUACCACCACGCUGCUCCGGCUCCCGUCGCCUACCACGCUGCUCCCGCCGUCCACUAUGCUGCCCCCAUCGCUAAAGCUGUCGCUCACCACGAGGAAGAAAUCGAAUACCCCAAAUACGAGUACACUUACUCCGUGGCUGACGGCCACACCGGCGACAACAAGUCCCAGCAGGAGACCCGCGACGGAGAUGUCGUGAAGGGCUCCUACUCCUUCCACGAGGCUGACGGCUCCAUCCGCACCGUGGAGUACUCCGCUGACGACCACCACGGCUUCAACGCGGUGGUGCACAACACCGCCCCCACGCACGCGCCCGCCGUCCUCAAGGCCGCUCCCGUCCUUGUCAAAGCUGCGCCCGUCUACUACCACCACUAAACUGUUAUUUUGAUAUAGGAAAUAUUAUUUAUUGUAAAUAUAG